AUGGCAGUAAACGCAACACCAAAGGCUUCCAGCUACCAGUCAAACUUCAGAGAAGAAGAGGAAGAAGCAGAAGAACCAUUAUUUCUCUCACUGACUGAACACAAGGAGGUGAAGCCUGAGUGUUCCUGGCUGACACAGCGGGGGAAUAUGCGCUCACUUGUCGGACUGAUCGCUGUGGUCGCUGCAGCCAGCUUGUACCUGUACUCUCUGUCUCUGUACCUUCCUGCUGCACCGAGGAGACCUCCUCAUCCAGCUGACCAGAGACAACAACAUGUGGAGACAGCUGAGUCCACUGACAGCUCCGAGGAACCCAGCAGGUUGAAGUUCCCCUCGGACUUGGAGGAGCUGAGGGAACUGGCUGAGCUCUUGCAGUUUUACAAGGCAGAGCACACUGGAUAUGUCCUGCUACUGUUCUGCAGUGCGUAUCUCUACAAGCAGUCCUUCGCCAUUCCCGGAUCCUCGUUUCUGAACAUUUUAGCAGGAGCUAUAUUUGGACCGUAUCAAGGACUGCUGCUUGCCUCCGUUCUCACCACUGUGGGCUCCACCAUGUGCUACCUCUUGUCCAAGGCCUUCGGAAAGCGCUACAUCGUCAACCUCUUCCCUGAUAAAGUCUCCAUGCUGCAGACGAAGGUUGAGGAGAACCAGGACUGUUUGUUCUUCUUCCUGCUCUUCCUGAGAUUCUUUCCCAUGACUCCCAACUGGUUUCUGAACAUGUCUGCUCCGAUUGUCAACAUCCCCAUCACCUUCUUCUUCUCCUCAGUCUUCAUCGGACUCCUGCCGUACAACUUCAUCUGUGUCCAGACAGGCGUCAUGCUGUCUGAGGUGGCGUCGCUGGACGACUUGUUCUCCUGGGAGAGGCUGCUGCAGCUGCUGGCCAUCGCCUGUGUGGCUCUGCUGCCCGGCGCCCUUAUCCGCCGCUUCAGUCAGAAGCGCUUCAAACUGGACGUCCCAUCGCAGAACGGGCUCAUCACAGAUAAGAAAGUCCAGUGAUUUGUUCUGGGGAUGAGCUUGUUCCUUGGCGCUUCGAUGCCAUCUCUGCCCUCAAAAGUGAAUGUAUUUUAAAGUGGCGACUCUUCAGAAAAACUUUGCCCACGCACAACGUGUAAAGGUUUCUCUUAUCUGGACGUAGCUUUACGUUUCUGGAGCGACAUGGAGAUGAAGAGCUUUAAAAGUCACCGUGGGAUUUGAAGCCAAGUAUUUUGUGUAACCAAAUGUUGGUGUUUCUGUGCCACAACUUCUAUGGGCACAGCAUGUAUAUAGAUGUAUGAAUGUACGGGAAUCAUAGGGAGAGAGGGAAGGAUUUUAAGGAGACUUUGCUCUUGCACUAUUAUUAUACACUAAGGUACUGCUUCAGUGUUAACAGUUAGUGUUUCAAGUGCCUGUCAUGAAUUGAUAGACUCUGUUUCAAACUUCUACCUCCAACAUGGGCAAGUGGAAACGUCAAUGUAACAGCCUGCUCAUGUUUGUUGUGGCUGGAUGGUUCAGACGAUUGUUUUUUGGGUUUGUGUGAAUUAUUUUUUUUUGUAACUGAAAUAUGUAUCAUGUUUGCAGCAUAUAUUAUACAACUUGGAAGUUGUAUUUUUCUUGCAUUUUGCAAUUUCAGUAUAAAUUGUAAUACAGUGGGUUGGACAAUUUUUAAA